CACAAGGUGGAUGGCGAAGUACACCACACCGACCUCAAGCGAGCGCUCGAGAUGGCCGGCUUUCAGAAGCCGAGCCAGACUUGCAUCGACGCGGCCAAGGCGAAAGUGACGAUGUGGUCGACGUUGAGCUUUGCCCAGUUCAACGAGUUCGCAAUGUGCUUCGGGGCAGAAGAGGAGACGCUGCAGCAUGAGGUGUUCGCCAGCUUCGACACCGACAGCUCAGGGUACAUCGACAGGGGUGAGCUGGAGCGCCUGCUGGAACACUUCGGCGUCAUCCCCAUGCGGCACAUCCUGGACGAAGUGCUGACGGAGGUCGACGAGGACGGCUCUGGCAGCAUUGGCCUGGAUGAGUUUAGGCAAGUGUUCGAGAUCCUCCGUCUGCGCGAGGGAUUUACCCGCGAAGAGUUCCAGAACCUCAUUGACCUGUUCGAGAGAAUGGACCUCGACGGCUCUGGCGAGAUGAACAGGCAAGAGCUGAGGGUCCUGCUCGGGUACCUCGACUGGCAAGUAGGCGCAGACGAGCAGGACAGGAUAAUGAAAGAGGUCGACACCGAGGAGAACGGAGAACUGGGCAGGCUCGAGUACCUGCUCUUCAUGAGGAAGUGCCGCAAGCGCGAGAUCGAGAAGUUGGUAGAGGUCUUCGACAGCGUCGACCCAGGAGCGGACGGGGUCAUAGGCUACGGCCAGAUGAUCCAGGCCUUCACGAAGAUGGGCUACGAGCCCGACGCCGACGCCGUGUUGGAGGCGGCCGAGGCUGCCGGCAUCGGCAGCAAGAAGGCCAGCCUGGACACCAGCGAUUUCUGGCUGGUGCUCACGGAGUGCCGGGCGCGCGAGUGGUUCCUCGGCGGCGAGCUGAGGCAGAUCGGCGAGGUGUUCGGCCAGGUCGACGCAGAGGGGCAGGGCGAGCUAGACAUCGCCCAGAUCGACAAGGCGCUCCUCGCCCUGGGGCUGUCGCUCAGGUCCGAGCUGCU